CUCCUAUAACAAAUUUUUUUUAAAAAAAUCACUAACCGGACAGUCUCAUAUGACCAAAAAAAUGUAAAGAGGACAAAUGAGCCAGGAGCGUGGACUAUACAGUGAAGGAAAGUAAAAGAUUCUCUACGUGGGAGCUCACCACCAGCAACACGUGUACACCCACUAUUUGCAGACGCCACUUCCAAAAAACAUAAGAUAAUCCAAUUCCAGAUAUUGGCAACACCAAAAACCCACCAGCUGCCACGUACUCCCCAGAUAUUUUUUUUGAGCCACGAAAAAGAUAUUUUCGGGAGUUUGAAGGGGCACGUGGCUUCCAGAGAUCGCACUUGCAUCCCCCCAGCGGCUGACGUCCGUACUCCACAACGCAGAAUCAAAAUCCAUCAAUAAAGCUCUCCCACGCGUCCACCAACCAAUUCCAGCCUUCCACGUCUCUGAUUCUACACAAUGAUGGGAGGCAAUUGAUAUUUUUUGGAGGAUUCUCGGCCCUACACGUGUCCUGGGUCCUAGAUCUGCUAUAUAAGGAGCUCCGUAGACGAGCUUUCCUCCUCCCCCUUGUAGGCGCUGUUUUUACGCCGUUUUGAUAUGACACUUUAUUACAAGAAAAGAUACGCUGUCGGAAAAUGAGUGUCAGCCCGAAUCGGAAACAGAAGCUUUGCAGGAUCCAUGAUUCUUCCGGGUCGGACGACUCCGGGAUACUUAACGAACGGAUCCUUGUUCUUGUUCUCCACUGUAUUAAGUGGGAUAUCCAUGUUCUCUGUCAAAUGGCUUCCGUUUGUAGGAAGCUCCGAGCCGUGGCCAAACGGCUGCUCUGGCGGGAGCUCUGUGUUUACCGGGCGCCGCGCAUGAUGACCGCAUUGAUCGACGGCGCGCCGGGUAGCACCCGGGUCGGAGGCGGCGGCUGGCACUCGAUGGCUAAGCUGCUAUUCUUUUGCUGCGGGUGCCAUUCCACGCCGCAUUUUAAGGUGAAGGAGAAUCUGUCCGGACAUUUCGUUAAGGAGUCGCGGUUUUCGAAGACCUCCGGUCGGAGCUUUCUGGUGAAGAAGUGCCGGAACGACGUGUUGUACGUGAGCGAUCCUUGCGAGCAUACGACGGCGGCAGAUAGGGACGAUUUGGGGAUUUAUAGAGGAGUUUUUGGUGGGUUUAUGAAGUCGAAGACGCGAGCUUGUUUGAUUGGGCGCCGAGUCGCGCUGGAGGAGCUGGUUCGGUGUCCUUACUGUGGGGCUCGGGUCUGGAGCAUGACCACGGCUCGGCUCAUUCCUAAAAGCGCGGAGAGACGGCUUGGCGCCCGUGACAAGGGAAUCGAGUUCUUCGUCUGCGUCAACGGCCACUUGCACGGGAGUUGUUGGCUCGUGCCGUUGUCGGACGACGACGACGAUGAAAACGGUUUGGAUUCUGAGUAUGACGACCAGACCGGCGACGACGACGAGCCGGAGGAGAACGGGACGAUGAACGGUGAGUUUCCACACUGAAAUCAUUAUAUAGUAUUAUAUUCCUGGUUGAUUAGCUUUGACCGUCCCAGUCAGCCGAGCUUCGAGCUGAGUGAGCUCUUUUGGACUGAGCCAAGUUGGCCCAUAAGUUCGUCGGAGAAAUGAUUGUUAGCUGGGCCAGCUAGCGAAUAUCAACUGAUGGCCGUUCUUUGUUGAUUCACAUUAUUUUGUUUUUCCAAUGGGCCGAACGUUUUUGUGAUUUUGAGUUGUGGAAUGUGGAGUGAAUGAUAUGGGGAGGUGUAGAAGAAGAUUUGACCCACAGAUUUGAGGGAGGAUUUUUGUGGGCUAAUUAACUUGAAGAAUUUUGGGCACUAAUUAAAUCUUUGAUUAUGUAUUACCACUAGUACAUGGGAUGGGAAGUUCUUGAAUGGCAUGUGAUUUCACUGGUUACACCACUCAGAUUAAUCAUUAUUAUGUUCCAAAUAAUGCGAUUAGAUGCAUGUUCUUUUUUUACUUGGAAUUUAGCUGUCGGCAUAAUGAUAAUGCCUAGUAGUAGUAGUAUGUUGUGUGAUGAGAGUUUUUGUUUGAAGGGUUCUUCUGCUACGUGGUGGUUCUGCAUGCUUUUAAUCUUUCACCGCUUAAUACUACGUAUUUUUGUUGCUAUUUUUACACGUUUUCUCACUUUAAAACGACAAUUUAAUUAAUGAAAAAAAGGGAAAUGAAAAUGUAACUUGCAAACCAAAUGUUGGGCUGGGUUUUCGGAUUCCACGUCCACUCCCUUGUUGGGCCUUAUGAUGCAAUCCUUUCCAUACACUUUUGCGGUAUUAAUGCAAGGAUCCGUUAGUGUUUAACUUUUGAGUCGUUAUUUUUUAAAGAAUUCACAGUUCACCAAUGAUAAUUUAUCCAAUAUGGUUGGUGGUAAUUGAUAUAAGCUCGCUUUUAUAUUCUGUCAGCCG